GACCUCUGGGGGGGGUGAAGAACAUGCGGGUGAGCGACCCCACCAUGACCUCUCUGAAGGUCAACUGGGACCCCGCGGAUGGAGCCGUCCGACUCUACAAAGUGUUCUUCGUUCCUGCAGCCGGGGGCCGGGAGGAGAUGGAGCAAGUCCCCGCAGGAACCACGAACAUCAUCCUGAGGAACCUUCUGUCCGACACGCCGUACACCGUCUCCGUGCUGCCGGUGUAUCCCGCCAGAGAGGGGAGGCGCCAGUCAGAGAACGGGAAGACACUGCCGUUGAGCGGCGUGGGCAACAUGCAGGUGAUCGACCCCUCCAUCACCACCCUGACAGUGAGCUGGAGCCCAGCUGAUGGGAACGUGCAGGGAUACAAAGUGAUCUACAGCCCCGUGGACGGAGGCCCGGAGAUCGUGGAGCAAGUGUCAGAGAGCACCACUAAGACGGUGUUGGAGAAGCUGCUUCCGGAUACCCGUUACACCAUCACCGUCGUUCCAGUUUACGCCGAGGGAGACGGGCCGAGCCUCAGCGACAUCGGGAAGACAAAGCCGCUGGGCUUUGCGAGGAACCUGCAGGUGACCGACCCCACGACGAGCUCUCUGAACGUCCGCUGGGACGCGGCCGAGGGGACGGUGCGAGAAUACAUCGUGACCUGGGUCCCUGUGGCUGGAGGAGAGCGGGAAGUGGAAAUGCAGGUGUCAGAGCAACAGAAACAGAGAAACACAGAGCCUCUGGGAGGAGUGAAGAACCUGCAGGUGAGCGACCCGACCACCAACUCUCUGAGGGUCCGCUGGGAGCCGGCGGAGGGCGACGUGAGGCAGUAUCAGAUCAUCUACGUCCCCACAGGGGGGGGAGCGGAGAGCAUGACUCCGGUAUCCGGCAUGUCGACCAACACGGUGCUGAGAGACCUGAAGCCCGACACCGAUUACAAAGUGACCCUGGUGCCCAUCUACGCCGACAUGGAGGGGAAACGAGACUCAGAGAACGGGAAGACAAAGGCUCUGGGCGGGGUGAAGAGUCUGCAGGUCUCUGAUCCCACCACCAGUUCUCUGAAGGUCCGCUGGGAGCCGGCGGAGGGAAACGUCCGGCAGUAUCGCAUCUUCUACGUCCCUUCAUCCGGAGGAGCCGAGGACAUGGAGCAGGUCACAGGCGGUACCACCAACACCUUCCUGAAGAACCUGUUGUCGGACACUCCCUACACCGUGACCGUCGUCCCUGUUUACCCCGAGGGGGAGGGAAUCCGCCAGUCUGAUGACGGGAAAACACUUCCACGUACGCCACCCAGGAACAUCCAGGUGUACAACCCCACCGCAAACAGCCUGAACGUGCGCUGGGAGGCGGCUUCAGGCCAGGUGCAGCAGUACAAGGUGGCGUACAGAUCCCUGACCGGAUCCAGAGCCCCCGAGUCGGUCCUGGUUCCUGGAGGUGUGACCAACGCCUUCCUGGAUAACCUGAUCCCAGACACUCCUUACUCUGUCAACGUCUCCGCUCUGUACGCUGACGGAGAGGGAUCUCCAAUCAGAGGCAACGGCAAAACACUGCCUCGAGGCGGUCCCAGGAACAUGCGAGUUUAUGACGCCACCACCAGCACUCUGACCAUCGGAUGGGAUCACGCCGAGGGUCCCGUCAGGCAGUACAAGAUCUUCUACGCCCCGCUGACCGGAGACCCCAUCACCGAGUUUGUGAGUUACAGUGUGUUCUCCAUCGGUGUGGCGGACGUGGACUUCGUGGAGCUGCAGGAGAUCGGCAGCAAACCGAGCGACAGACAUGUUUUCGUUGUGGACGACUUCGAUGCCUUCGACACCAUCAGGGAAAACCUGAUUACCUUCAUCUGUGAAACUGCAACGUCAUCGUGUCCCCUGAUUUACCUGAAUGGAUUCACUUCACCUGGCUUCAGGAUGCUGGAGGCGUUCAACCUGACGGAGAAGAUGUACGGUUCGGUUCCCGGUGUUUCCAUGGAGCCGGGGUCCUUCAACAGCUACACGGCCUACAGGCUGCACAAAGAUGCUUUCCUCCACCAGCAGACCACGUGA